AUGAUAAGCACCGAGAGCACCGGAGGAGAGGACGGCGGAGAGCCGCCCUGCAUCCGGCUGGAUCCCCUGACUAGCACGCACCUGCCGGGCAAGGCGCCGCCGACGGACGGCAGCCCCAAAGUGACGGCGAACGGGGUGCCCGACAUAGAGGACCGCAUCCUGAGGAUCACCGGCUACUACGGCUACAACCCGGGGUACUCCAGUCACAGAAGAGAGGAUGGCUCCGAGUCUCACGCAGAGACACCAGGCAGCGAGACCAGCGGAGAGAGCCAGUCCAACCAGACCUGCACCAACACGCUCCUGAAGGUGCUGGGCGGUCUGCUGGUGGUGCUGUGUGUGUCGUCCUCCUGGGUGGGCACCACUCAGGUGGUGAAGUUGACCUUCCAGUCGUUCUCCUGUCCCUUCUUCAUCUCCUGGUUCAGCAGCAACUGGAACAUCCUGUUCUUCCCCAUCUACUACUCUGGACACAUGGUCAUCACUCGAGAGAAGCAGACGCCCAUACAGAAAUUCAGGGAGUGCAGUAAGCUCUUUGGGGAGGACGGGAUGACUCUCAAACUUUUUGUAAAAAGAACAGCACCUUUUUCAAUCCUGUGGACUCUGACCAGCUACCUGUACCUACUGGCCUUGAAGAAACUGACUGCCACUGACGUCUCAGCGCUCUACUGCUGCCACAAGGCCUUCGUCUUCCUCCUGUCCUGGAUCGUCCUCAAGGAUCGCUUCAUGGGCGUCCGGAUUGUGGCAGCCAUUAUGGCCAUCACGGGUAUCGUCAUGAUGGCCUAUGCGGACGGUUUCCACGGUGAUUCCUUUGUGGGCGUGGCGUUAGCUGUGGGCUCAGCCUCAACAUCAGCUCUAUACAAGGUGCUGUUCAAGAUGUUUCUGGGCAGUGCCAACCUGGGAGAGGUGGCUCACUUCCUCUCCACCAUGGGCUUCUUCAACCUCAUCUUCAUCUCCUGCGUGCCCCUCAUCCUCUACUUCACCAAGGUGGAGCACUGGGGCUCGCUGUCCUCACUGCCCUGGGGAUACAUGUGUGGACUGGCAGGACUUUGGCUGGUGUUCAACAUCUUGGUUCACGUCGGUGUGGUGCUGACCUACCCCAUUCUCAUCUCCAUAGGGACACUGCUCAGUGUGCCGGGCAAUGCAGCCGUAGAUCUUCUGAUACACGAGGCGAUCUUCAGCGUGGUGCGCCUGGCGGCCACCUGCAUCAUCUGCCUGGGCUUCUUGCUCCUGCUGCUGCCGGAGGAGUGGGAUUCAGUCACGAUGCGUUUCCUGGCCACCAUCGCAGACAAGAAGUCGGAGGAACAUGGCGAGGAGCUCACGGAGUCCAGCGUUCACACUCGCAGUCGGGCGAACGGCACUGUCUCCAUUCCCUUGGCGUGACGACAUGAGCUCUGCUAGGGGCCUCUAUUCACCAGUCAUGAAGCUCUGUGUGCUCCUGCCCAUCCAUCACCAACCCAGCGAUAGUGGUGGGAUGUUCAGUCCACAUGGAUCCACCGUGAUUGAGACAGGAAGUAUUGUCUUCAACUUUAAACUUCUCUCUGGAGGUGCAUCUCUGUCUACAUCACUUCAUCGCAGCAGGAGAAAUGAGAACAUUUUUGAAAAGGUGGAAAGUGUAAUUCACUUUCUUGAAAAAAUUUGCCACGCUCCAUCCUUUUCUUUGCACGCACCCAAACCAAGCGCUGACUUGCCUCCCCCGACCUGCUCUGCAGACUGUAUUCUGUGAAUAUAAAUAUUGACAGGGCCUGUUUGGCUCAUUCUUAUACGUAUAUUUAUGAUAUUUAAUUAGAGCUGUUUCAAUAAGAGUAUACAUUUUAAGCGCUAUAGAGUAUUAUAUCAAAAAACGGUUAUUGUUAUAUGUGUAAUGUAUAGAAUCUUUUGGUUUUCUUAAUAAAAGAUUUAAAACCUUCA